CUCUCCACCCCUCCUAUCUGCCGCUGCUGCCAGCCUCAGCCCCCCCAAAAAAACACAGCGCUACGUCCGUGAGCAGUGGUGCCGCUGGUGUGGUGGCGUGUGCGCACAGAGACAGACGAGACGCGACUGUGCCCCGUUGUAUUCCUGGCGGUCCACGGUGGAUUUCCCCUGACCAGGACACACUACUGAGCGACGGCAGCGACCAUGGAAGAGCUUACGGCAUUCGUGUCGAAGUCGUUCGAUCAGAAAACCAAGGAGAGCACCAAAGAGAGUAUCACGUACAGGGAAGUUUUGGAGAGCGGCUUGAAUCGGGCGAGGGAGCUGGGCAGCCCGGAGACAAACCUGCAGGACAUAGCGGAGGGCACCCACUGCCCGGUGCAUCUGUUCAAGGACCACGUCGAGCUGGAAAAGGAGAAACUCAAGGACUUUAAUGUUUCCAGAGGGACAGACGGGAUAUACGAGUGCAAGGAGAAGAAGGAGGACGUGAAGUCGGAGGACGAGGACGCGCAGGGCAAACUGAAGCAGCGGAGGAGUCGCACAAACUUCACACUGGAGCAGCUGAACGAGCUGGAGCGGCUCUUCGACGAGACGCACUACCCGGACGCCUUCAUGAGAGAGGAGCUGAGUCAGCGGCUGGGGCUGUCCGAGGCCCGGGUGCAGGUCUGGUUUCAGAACAGAAGAGCAAAAUGUCGAAAACAAGAAAAUCAAAUGCACAAAGGUGUUAUUCUGGGCAGCGGCAGUCACCUGGACGCCUGCAGAGUAGCACCCUACGUCAACAUGGGCGCUCUCCGGAUGCCCUUCCAACAGGUCCAAGCCCAGCUCCAGUUGGACGGCGUCGCCCACUCACACCCCCACCUGCACCCUCACCUGGCUGCUCACGCUCCCUACCUGAUGUUCCCACCCCCUCCCUUCGGACUACCAAUCGCAUCUCUCGCCGAUUCAGCCUCUGCAGCGGCGGCAGUGGCGGCGGCUGCCAAAAGCAACAGCAAGAACUCGAGCAUCGCCGACCUGCGACUCAAGGCAGGACUUCUGCGGGGCCAGUGGCUCAGUCCACUCCAGGCACAGAUCACAUCCCAAGGACCGUACAAACACAUGUGGAUGUCUGUCUGAGGUUCGGGCCGGGGCCCGUCAGACCAGAGGACGUUAGAACAAAGCAAACUGGCAGGCAGCAGCAGGGCCAAAAGCAGAGCCUCGCUGACGCUGGCUGCCGCCAUGUUGACAAUGCGAACGGGUUGAGCAUGUGGGAAACAGACUCACACACCACCUCACCGAAGCAUUGGAACAGCUCUCACCUUUACACCCCCCCCCCCCCCAACCCCCAUAGAAAAAUGAAGGAAAAAAAAACUUUAAAAAAAGGCCAUAUUUGUCUCCAACCACUGUGUUCCAUGCUGCUGCCAAGUGCAUGAGCUCUAAUGGAGGACCAUUCUGGGACUGGCCUCCAUCCACACCUGACACACUCGCUCGACAACUGUUUUUAACACUGCCAUUCAACACGCCGGCAGCCCCCCCGCAUCUCCAAAGUGAAAGAUCUCCAUUACGGUUUGAUAUCCCUCUUCUUCUGGACUUGUGCUAUAGCAAAAAAAAAGCAACAACUCCUUUUCCUUCGCCGCAGAGGGGAGAGACAUUUUCUCUGUGACGCUGGGCAUGUGUCGGUGAGGUCCGGUUUGCUUUCUCCUCACAGCGUGCUCCCUCUGUCCUGAUUUCUUUCUGUUGAUUGUGUUGUAUCCUGGGUAAAGAAGUGAUGAUAUGCCUUUGCACUUCAGGUCUUGUAUGUGGGUGUUUACAAAUGGCACUUACAAGCAGAUACUACUUUGCUAAUUAAAAAGGGGGGAGGGGAAUUUGAUAUCGUCAUGUGAUCAGCAAAACGGACAUUAUCUUGGACAAAGGGUAUAAAUGCGAUUUUUUUUCUUCUUUUCCUUGGAAUUCUGAAAAUAUGAAGAAAGCAUCAGUCUAACUGAAAUGCAAUGGUGUGCAGUUUAAGUGCAAUACUGUAAAUAGCAAAACAAAAAAAGAAAAAAGAAGUAAAAACAGCUAGCGAGUUAGCUCUCAACGAUAAAGAGACCCAAUGAUUUUCUGUUGCUUUCCGUGCACUGUUGGAGUUUUGAAUUUCCUUUGCCAAACACACCAGUCUCUUCUACAGCAGUGUAUAUUUUGUUGAGUUGAAGAAAAGUCACUCGAAAAACCAGGUGCCAUAUCCCGCCGACCCUCCUAUGUAUCCAAGUGGUUUUGUAUACAUCAGGUACAGUUGUCACUUGUUGAGGAAGACAUGAGCACAUUUUUCUAAGCUGCAGAAAUAAGGGGUGAAUAAAAAAAAAAAGAUCUUCGCUCCUCUACUAACACGGGAGAAAAAUCUACCUACUGAUGGAUUUUUUGGGAAAAUGUUCGUACUAGAAUCAACAAAUCAGCAUUGUAAUCCAAAACCGAGCAGUUGUUUACAAUAUGAUUCGCUUAAUUCUGCAUGUUAUAUGUGACAUUUCAUCGUUUGAUUUCCACCUAAUCCAGACUGUGUUUCACAAAUUCCUCGCGACAUGUGGAUUGUUUUUGAAAACUCAAAGAUUAUUUUGACAACCUAUUCAACGCUGCGGUCAGAGCAGGCGACACACGUGCAGACCCGCUCGCGGCCUGCGUACCUCUAACAGUCUCCAAACCAACAAUCUCUCUGUUCACAGACCUCCAUUUAGAAUCGUUUAUCUAUGUCUCCAUUUUAAAUUAAACAUAUGGGUGUUUUAUUUAUUAUUUUGUCAAAAAGGUUUAUGAAAGAUGAAAUAGUUGAACUACAAGUGUACAUUUUUACAUGGCUUUGCAUUUAUUUUUGUAUGUUUUCUUUUUUUUUUUUAAGUGUUUGAAUUAGGAGGUGUGGCUGUAGUGCAUUGUUUGCCUAAAAAAAUGUAGCGUGUCCAAGUUUACAAACAUUUCAGGGAUGGUUGAAUUUAAUAAUACUCCAUGGAAUUUGUUGUACCCAUUUAAAUGAUUCAUCAUUUCAUAUGCAAGCAUGCCUAAACAUGAAUCAUCGUACAGUUUGUUUUUUUCCCCCGUUUGAUUCACAAAUUAUGAAUGUACAUCUUGUACA